UUGGCAGGUAGAGUCCAAAAAAAACAAGAAUUUAUCAGCUGUUUGCAGAUACGUUUUCUUGGACAAAUUGCUAUUAAAUUUCUAAUCUUUAUAUUUUCGACCUGAAGUUGUUCCUAGCAGAAAUAUAUAAAAAUGGCGGAUAUAGAUGGAGAAGAUCCAAAAGAAUAUCGUUGGGAAACAGGAUAUGAGAAAACAUGGGAGGCGAUCAAAGAAGAUGAUGAUGGACUAUUGGAUGGCGCCAUUGCUGAAAUUAUACAAAAGGCUAAGCGCAAACGGCUGGCGCAAAAAACACAACAAAACCGUUUGGGAAUGAUGAGACACCUAUACAUUGUACUGGAUUGUUCCGAGUCAAUGACAGUGCCUGAUUUGAAACCCACCCGAAUGUUAUGUACCUUGAAACUUUUAGAAAUCUUCAUAGAGGAAUUUUUCGACCAGAAUCCUAUCAGCCAGUUAGGCGUAAUCGUAUUGAAAGGCAAACGAGCGGAAAAGCUUACUGAAUUGACUGGAACCUCGAAGUUACAUUUAAAAGCACUUGAAAGCGUUAGUAAAAUUCCACUAACAAGCGAGCCGUCAUUACAAAAUGGUCUAGAUUUGGCCAUGAAAGCAUUAAAAGUUGUACCCAGUCAUGCCUCGCGAGAAAUACUGAUAGUAAUGGGUUCUUUGACAACAUGCGAUCCUGUCGACAUCAAUAAUACAAUUGAUGCGCUCAAAGUCGACAGCAUUCGCUGCUCCGUAAUCUCUCUUUCUGCUGAGAUACACGUUUGUCGCCACCUAACACAACAAACGCAAGGUACUUACGGCGCUGUACUUGACGAUGCUCAUUAUCGCGAUCAGUUGCUAGCACACGUAGAUCCGCCUCCAGCAGCGCAAACUCAGGAGAACUCAUUGAUUAAGAUGGGUUUUCCACAUGCUAAGACAGAUGGUGGAAAAGACCCGCCGCUUUCUAUGUGCAUGUGUCACAUCGAAAAUACAGAAGAACCAAGUAAACUGACUUCCGGCGGUUAUCAUUGCCCUCAGUGUUUUAGUAAAUAUUGUGAGUUACCAGUUGAAUGCCAGACUUGUGGCUUAACAUUAGUAUCAGCUCCACAUUUGGCUCGAUCUUACCAUCAUCUCUUUCCUGUUCAGCAUUUUACUGAACUGGAAUUUAACGGGCAGGCGGCAAAUUGCUAUGCUUGUCAAAAACCAUUAACGGAGGCAACGGAUAAAAAUGUAUAUCGCUGUGAAAAAUGCACUCAAAUUUAUUGUAUCGACUGUGACAUUUUUAUUCAUGAAACUUUGCACACCUGCGUUGGGUGCAAUACAGCUAAUUCCCAUAGAAAAUAAAAAUAUUUAUCCCCUUGAAUGGAAAUAGCAGGAGAUUGGAGGGUGUUGGCUACAAAGACAAAGUAAAAAAUGUGGAAGUAACCUAUUUAUAUCGAUUAAACAAUCCACGAAAGUCCGGAACGACGGAGAUUUAUAUCUGCCUGAGAACUAUCACUUCAGCAAUAUUCUACAAAACUGUUUCAGUGUUAAAAAAAUACCGGUUAAAAGAUCCACCUUUUAUGCAAUAAAAAAAAAAAUCAAUUAUAUUCAAUUGGUGCCAUGGCACAAUAGGUCAAAUUACACAACAAUCCUAAAUUAAAUGGGAGUAAUACGAUGAAAUAUGUACUGAAAAAAUUUAAACAAAAUUCACUGAAGUUAUUAACGCUUUCGUGACUUUUGACUUUUCUAUGCCCCAACAUGAAAGGGAACGUGUUUUUUUCUAGACUUUCGUUUCGUAAAAUACAUAAAUGGUUCAAAAUAUUAGUGGAAGUAGUACACAAAACUCAAUUUUCAACCUACUUGUCAUCUUCGUCGACAUCAUCUGUCGGAUGUUCACAAUUCAUCAUGCGUUUGCUUAAAUAUUUAGAUGAUAUCGAAUAGAUCUAGAACAAUGAUGCCCAAAAAUCCUCCGCCCUUUGUGCCGGAGAAACAAUGUUAAAAUUUUAAUCGAUGUUAUGUAACUAAUAUACAUGGGGAAGUGUA